AUGAGUGAAGACGAUAGUACUAGUGAGACAGAUGACAAUAGUGUUGUUACUGAGGAAAACGACGAUGGUCAUGUUGAAGAAAAGGAAAAGGAUAGUCCUCCUCCGGUAGUAUAUUACAAUGUUUCGAAUAUUCCGAUUCAAAUGCAACUAUUCAAAACACCGUACAAUCUGAUGCCGGAGCAGAGAAUUCCAAUGUCAGAAUACACCUGGGCGAUCACUCCGUAUCAACGAGAGAAGAACGGAAAAAUUGGAAUCGACAUAGUCGUCAACUUGUUAGGGAUCCAGCCUGGAGAUUAUAUACUGGCAGAGUUCUCAUUCCAACAGCCAGGAAAUGUUAGGCACACUUUUGAGCAUACGUUCGACAUGCGAAGGAACACAUUUGUAUACAGAAGAGCAUUGACUGUUCCAUCUAUCAGAACUAAAAAUGGAAAGAGAUCAGUUCAGUACUCACCUCACAGAUUCCUUCGAUGUACCGAGGACGAUGAGCCAGAAGACGGUGAAUAUGCGUUUUACUGGAAACCAAAAAUUCCAAUUGCUUGGGAUAUGAGCAAAGAAGCUCCCACUCCAGUUGACCUGAAUGAAGACUUCUUGAAAAACGUUUCAACUGCAGAGGGCAACAAAUCAACAUUUGUUUACUUCUUCACAACAGAGAGUGCUACGAAGUAUAAAUAUCAGCCAUUCCGUAAAAAUUUGGUCUGGCCGAAAGCAUCGAGAACCGCCAGAUACGUUCAUGGAAGAUCCUUGUCACUGGAUGGAAAAUGGUUCAACAAAUGGGCAAAGUUCAACUAUUUCAUGGCUAAUGUGGACCUCUUGACUCCGGAAGACUUUGAUGAUUUUGUCGAUGUACUUGGAGUUUAUUACCAUAGCUGGAACAUUGAUAACAACCGCUUACAAGAAGUUGUUCGAAUCGCCGAGAAGUUUGGAUUCUAUUACUUCGCCCAAGCAAUGAUUUCUGCUGGAAAUGUGGAUGUCUAUUUCAGCUCAUUGCGUUCGGUCCUUUUCGCUCCAUUGACUCAUCCUCUCCUGGCCACUAAAAAGGACGUUCCAACCAAAAGACUCUACGAUGACACCUUUCAAUUAAGCCACAUUAUGAUCUACCACCAGUCUCGCGGUCCUCCGGUAUUCAAAAAUUUCAAGACCAAGAAUGGAAUGUUCUGGACGACGAGUCUCCAUCGAAAGACGUAUUCUGGUGUUGAGUACCUUUGUCUACAAUUAAUGCUUCAUGGAAAUUUCCAACCGGGAGAAACUCAAUUGUGGAAAAUCGAGUUCGGUAGUCAGAAGUUUUCACAUGCGACAAGACUUCCUCGGAGAACUCACGAACGAUAUUUGAAUACUGUGCAACGAACAAUUUGCUUUCCAACGUGCUAUUAUUGGAGUGAUGUGUUGAAAGAGAUGGGACCGGCUGGACCAUACGCUUUCACAUUGAAAGUUGAGUGCAUACAAAUUCCCGGUUUCAAUUUCGCAUCCGUUUUGCAAAGUCACGGACCCAGUGGUAUAACGAACGCAGAGUUGCAAUGCAAGGGUGGUGAUCUGAUCCAUGUCAACAAAGAGUUUCUCCAAGACUCUUGUAAAUUUUUUGAAAAAUGGAAGCCAACGCCGACCAAGCCAAAUCGAAUGGAAUUGAAGGUUCUGGAGUACGAAGAGACUGUCCAUUUCCUUGAUCAUCUCUACCACGCAUCCAAAUUGUAUACACCUGACACGUGGCACAAGACGUUCCGAGUGGCUCAAUACACUAAUUGCAAGCGCGUUGCCGAUCAAUUCGAGCGAGGACUCAUCCGGAGUGGAACUACAAACACAUCAUCGAUGAGAUUCAACAAGGAGUUUACUCUCGAGUAUUUGAAGUUCAACAUUGCAAUGAAAGGAGCAUUUGCACUCGACACCAUUGACUUCUACUUGAACGGAUGCAAAGAAGAUCCUGCUCUAAUGAUAAACGAUGAUUAA